AUGGCAUUGCCAGAUGGAACCGUUGGAUUUUUGGUGCCGGGUUUCUUACGUUUGAUUCGGGAAUUGCACGAGGGUGGGCGCGAGUUCAGCGUCGCGUUUCGAACUUUCGGGUCGGAUCUGCCGGCGGUGGCAAGGGAUUGGAACCGUUUUUGCGACGGUCAGCAUCCGUUGCACCCAGGCUUCGAGCUUCCUGGCCGCAGGCUCGACCUCUGUCAGAAGGACAGUUUUGGGUAUCUGUGGCGAGGCGGCUUCACCUGGACGGACGAAGGCACGCAGGUAGAGCAGAUCGCUCUGGUUCUGGGCACCUCCGAGCUUGCUCCAGGGACCAAUUCGCAGGGCUGGGGCACAACGAGUGCACAGGCAGCUCUGGAAUGGUAUGAGGCAAUGGGGCCCAACAGAGGUGAAAUCCUUCGUGGGACAGCUGCGAUCCAGCAGUUCUUCGACGAAGCAGCAUCGGCGGGACGCACAGUUGGCACGCGGGAGUGCUACCCGCACUGGGCGUCGUGUAGUUGGAAGACUGGUGGUAAGCUUCAUUUCGUUGAUACGGCCCGUCCUCCUCAAUACCAUGCACUCUUUUUGGACGACAACAUUGGCAAGAGAGGGAUUAUUGACAUUCGUGCGACUCGUAGCGUCGAUAAUGCAGCACACGUUAUGACACCAGAGGAGGCGUUGGGGGCAUACAUGGUGUCAGUGGAGCCGUUGCGUGUUAUGAGUGAUGACGCUUACUUGGCGAACAAAGUGGCGGAGGCUGAAGCUGAGCUUGACAGACGAAUAGCAGCCAAUAUCGAUCCGUAG